AUGAUCUUGUACGGAGGAGGAGCAGGGAAGGAUGGUGGAUCCACCAAUCACAUAUCAGACGGAGGAGGAGGAGUGGUACUGAAGAAAGGGCCAUGGACGGCGGCGGAAGAUGAGAUACUUGCAGCGUACGUUAGAGAGAACGGCGAAGGAAACUGGAACGCCGUUCAGAAAAACACAGGCUUGGCUCGUUGCGGCAAAAGCUGCCGUCUCCGUUGGGCCAAUCACCUCCGCCCAAACCUCAAAAAAGGCUCUUUCACCGGCGACGAAGAACGUCUCAUUAUCCAACUUCAUGCUCAGCUUGGUAACAAAUGGGCUCGCAUGGCCGCUCAGUUGCCGGGAAGAACAGACAACGAGAUCAAGAACUAUUGGAACACAAGGUUGAAACGUCUUCAACGCCAAGGACUUCCUCUUUACCCUCCAGAUAUUAUCCCUAACCAUCAACUCCAUCCACAUCCACAUCAUCAUCAACACCAUCAUCAUCAACAUAACCAUCAUCAACAUCAACAACAUCAUCAACACCAGCAUCAGCAUCAACAUCAUCAACAUCAGCAAAUGUAUUUCCAACCACAAUCUUCACAACCAAACACACCUUCAUCUUCUCCUCUUCCAUCUCCAACACCAGUAAACGCAAACCCCUCUUCAUCUUUCACUUUCCAUACCACAAACGCAUCAACCGCUAAUCUCCUCCAUCCUCUUAGCCCUCACACUCCAAACACACCUCAAACUCCUUCACAACUCUCUUCCACGCCGCCUCCACCGCCACUUUCCUCUCCUUUAUCUUCACCUCGCAACAACCAAUACCCUACUCUUCCUCUCUUUGCCCUCCCGCGUUCCCAAAUCAACAACAAUAACAAUAACGCGAAUUUCACUUUCCCUAGACCUCCACCUCUCCUCCAACAGCCUUCAACGCUACUCGCCAAACGCUACAACAAUGCUAACGCUCCUCCUUUCAAUUGCAUCAACCGUGUUUCAACCGCACCAUUUUCCCCUGUUUCAAGAGACUCUUACACUUCUUUUCUAACAUUACCUUUCUCUUCCCCUACCGCUCAAACCGCUCAAACCGCUACUUACCAUAACUCUAACAACAAUUACUCUUCCUCUCCUUCUUUCUCUUUAAACCCUUCUCCUUCUUCUUACCCUACAGCAACUUCUUCCCCAAGCUUUCUGCACUCCCAUUACACUCCUCCUUCUUCCACCUCUUUUCAAACCAACCCGGUUUACUCCAAUAUGAAACAAGAGCUCCCUUCAAACCAAGUUUCCCAAGUUAAUUCAUUUAAUGUCAACAACUUCACAAACGACAAUGAGAAGCAGAACAGUGUCAGUAUUCACAGAAGAAGUAUUAGCUGCAGCCUCUUAGAGGAUGUCCUCGAAGAAGCCGAAGCUCUAGCUGGUGGAGGCGGAGACCGACCUCCAAAACGUAGACAACUCACAGCUUCCCCUCCUAACCACCACAACAGUAACAACAACAACAAUAAUGACAACUUCUUCUCGGUUAGUUUCGGACAAUAUGAUUCUUCUGAAAACUUAUGUUCCUUACAAGAUUUGAAAUCAAAGGAAGAAGAGUAUCUUCAGAUGAACACAAUGCAAGAGGACAUAGCUAAGCUUCUUGAUUGGGGAAGUGAUAGUGGAGAAAUCUCUAAUGGACAAUCAUCUGUUGUCACUGACGACAAUCUUGUUCUUGAUGUUCAUCAAUUCGCCUCACUAUUUCCAGCUAAUUCUACAGCGCCAGCAACCGCAACAAACGACGAACACAACAACAACAAUAAUAACAAUAACUGCUCAUGGGACGACUUGCAUGGAAUCAGCUAG